CGUCAUUCACAAAAUACUGCCUUCUAGAACCUUACAAACAAAGCGUGUGCUCGUGGGACUUGUAGUCCAAAACAAACCAUUCGUGACAUGUUGGCCUACGGAUUUUAACCUGUGUAUUUGAGGAGGUUGGGCGUGCGUUCUUGACAGUAAAAUUGAGGCAUGUAAUUCAAUAUUUGUAGGCAUUUAAUUAAUUAACACUAUCACAUUGUCUUGAUUCAAAAGCAGACAUGUAUUAAUAAGAUGAAAUGGCAUACAAUUCCCACUGUCACGUCUUUCAUUUUAUUGGCUGUCUCUUCACGUCAAUCAGGGCGGCGCUCCUACACUACUGCUCUUACAGUAAAUAUUUGUGUUUGCUCAACCGGCUGUAAUGGUGGACGACUGAGGCUGAAAAGAGAGGACUAAAACCACGAAAUACUGUAUUUAAUCGACAACACACCUUGCCGCGAGUAGGAAUAAAGCUUCCGGGAAGAUGGAUGAACUCAAACAUCAAGUUAUGAUUAACCAGUUUGUCCUGACGGCCGGGUGCGCGGCGGAUCAGGCAAAGCAGCUUUUGCAAGCGGCACAUUGGCAAUUUGAGACUGCCCUCAGUGCCUUUUUCCAAGAAACAAAUAUUCCAUACGGCCAUCAUCAUCAAAUGAUGUGCACCCCCACCAACACGCCAGCCACGCCCCCCAACUUCCCGGACGCUCUGACCAUGUUCUCGCGUCUGAAGGCGUCGGAGAGCUUCACCAGCAGCAGCCCCAUGGGCCUGGCCUCCAUGGCGACCUCCCCGCCUCCGCAGGCCUCCUGGGGGGGGGCGCCCCCCAACGUGCCCCCGCAGGGACUCUGGACUCAGGGGCAGCCACCCUCGCAGCCGCCCCACCCGCCUGCCUGGCCCACGGGGGUCAACGUGGGCCCCCACCCACACGUAGCCUCCGAGCAGAAGGCUAGUGUCGCCAUGGAGGCCGAGAGAUGAGGGGCCAGGACUGAUUGGCCUCGUCUGGGUGGGAGGGGAGGGAGGGAGGGAGGAAAGUCGAGUCGGGGAGGGGCGGCGAGGAGUGGACUAACUUCUUUUUUUCGAAACUGAGAGGAUGGAUAGUCGGGAUAGGUGGAUGGAAGGAUGGUGAGAGGGGCGAGAGAGCUACACAAACCAAGAAAAACCAAGCAACUACUACAUGGACAAUUGAUGAGGAGAAUGAAGUGGAAAAACAUCAGUUAAAAAACAAUGAUAAAAAAAAUGUAUAAAGGAACGCGCACACAUAGUAAUAAGAACAAGAGCAGCAGAAGUCUUUAUUAGUUUUGAUUCUCUCAGUAUAAUAAUAGAUAAGAGAAUUGUAGGAACUAAGAAUCGUCACGCCCAAGGAUAUUUAAUGUUCUCUGAAACAAGGAAAUCAACGGCAGAAAGAUCUUUUUCUUUCGUCUUUUUUUCCUUCUGUUCAUCCAGUGCUUUUCACGACUGGAAACCUUGUGUUCAGAAGCGUUCGUGCCGCAGAGGGCGAGGAAGCAGUUAUAUAUGUUAUCUUAGUAUAUUCACAAACGGGUGUGUGCGCGUGUGAUCAGUUUAUAAUGAUCUCACACGCGCGCGCCCGCACAGACACAAGCAUACUUCAGCUAGCAGAUGGGAGAAACGGCAGCCCUUAGCUUUGUGGCUUGUCUGCAUAAUGCCAUUAUCAUCCCUCUGCCGUUCCUCAUGUUUACGUCGUCAGCGUUUAGCCUCCGUAGAGGCGGAUCUAAGGCCAAGUUAGCAUCUGUUAGCAUUAGCCUGCCUGGGGUUGAGGAAACGGUGUCUAGUAGGCCUACUAAAAUAUAGAUUUUUUUUUUUCCAGUUUCUUUUUGUGGACAGCAUUAUUCAGCUGGUUUCAGAAGUCUUUAGAGCCGACAUGGCACAGAGGUGCCAUGGAGUGUAAUUUGAGGUGGAAGGUUUUAUUGGAAUUAGAGAUUAAAUCACAGUGGCGGUAGAGGAAUGGCAGUGGCAGCAUGCCCUUGGUGGAUCUAGGGCGUCAGGACAAACACAGACAUCCGGUAUUUUCAACCUCAUACUAAAGGUGGGACCUUUCUUACCUCACCCAGUGGUCACCUGGACAUCUUUCAGCCAAUCAGGGAUUCUCAACCGUUGUUGAUAGCAACACAGGACAUUUUUUUAGGACAAGUUUUACUAAAGGCAUAAGCGCUGAUGUUCAUGGCAAACCGCUUUGCUUUCAAUUGACUGAUGAAAAACGACGGUCUACGGCAAUUGGUUGUACAGGUUUGGGUAUUAUUAUAAAAUCAUGGUUUGAUAUAAUAUAGUUUAUCUUUCGUUUUCUUGUGAGGGGGCUGAAAAGAGGCUUUGAAAGUGGGUGGGAUUUUCUGAUUGUUUUGUGGGGAAGGGCCAAUCAAAGCAGCUAUUUAUGAAAACAAAAAGCUUCAGAAAAAAAAACAACUUAGUCCAUACUUGUGGACUCUUUGUAAGCGGACUGCCACUUUGCAUGAUGUGUUUCAUCGACUGUACCAUGUUUUGUAGCAUAUUUCCAUGAGAAGCCAGCCAUGUUACUGGCUCCACAGGACUCAAAGGCUCCUGGUCUGGGUCAAACCCUUCACACGUUCUGACUUUGGUUUCACCUGUUUGAGUUCACCCACGGAGAUGAAACUUUAUGUCACAAAAGAGCAAAACGGGGGUUGUAAUUAAGUUCCCUGCAAUCCUUGGAAGUAUUUGAUCUACUGUAUUUGUCGACCCCCCCCGUCUGACAUCCUCCCUCAGAGUGGUAGGUCAGAGAGGUAGUACAGCAGCUACAUGUGUGUGGGGGUGGUGCGGGGAUAGACAUGGAGCACUGCAAAACAGAGUAACAAGAGACUGAUUUAAGGCAAUACGUUAAUGCAGGAUGCAUGAGCACCUUUCAAUUGUUCACUUCUGGUGGCGGAAGAUUAUUUUGAAUUUGAUAAAGGAGGAGGGAAAAAAGGACAAAAACAUUUUGAACAUUAGCUGGAACUUUUUGGGGGGAGUUACAGUGAUGACUUGGAUGAGGACACUUUCCCACGAAGAUACAGGAAAUCCAAAUUAUGACGAGUAACCUUUUUUUAAUUUGACUAAAAUAAUGUGUCAUCCCUUUUGCAUCCUCCUUCACCAUCUCUGGACUGGGAGCCCCUCGGAACUGGCUGUUUCUGCCUGUUCCUGGUGCCUGUUUUCCCUCUGUAUGACUGUAUACCAUUCCCACAAUAUUUGUGGACUACCUGAUAAUUAACUUAUCAUUUUUUGUGUUCCUAAAUAAAUAUUGUAUGUCGA